UUCCCAGCCUGGCCGGGCGGUGGCGCUACUCACGGGACUGCGGCCAUGAGAGGCGAUAAAAAAGCUUCUCGGUCCGUUUUAAUCUGCGGCACCAAAGCGGAAGCACCUCAUUGGUCCGAAAGGCCAAGAUCAACGCUAGCUAAGUAGCAAGAUGGCUCACAGGCUGCUAGUACGUCGAAUUUGGACACUCUCGGCGAAAGAUAUCCGCUGCCUCCCAGCAUCCGCUGCCACCACCGCCUCCUCUUCUUUUUCCACCUCCCUGCAGUCUGCCACAAGCCGGGUCUCCUUCCUCUCUCCGUCACGCACUCUGCCUCGCUCCCUUCCUCACACCUCCCGCCGGGCAGUCUCCUUCAAUGUUCAGGACCACGAGGACUUCACAGAUAGGGUCAUCAACAGCGAACUGCCCGUGCUAGUUGACUUCCAUGCGCAGUGGUGUGGUCCCUGUAAGAUUCUUGGGCCAAGGCUGGAGAAGGCUGUUGCAAAACAGAAAGGCCGUGUUGCCAUGGCAAAAGUUGACAUAGACGAUCACACAGACCUGGCUAUCGAAUAUGGGGUGUCUGCCGUUCCGACAGUAAUCGCCAUACGGGGAGGUGACGUCGUCGACCAUUUUGUGGGGAUCAAAGAUGAUGAUGCGCUGGACUCGUUUGUCAGCAAAGUCAUUGGACAAUAAACCAGCUUUCCCCGCCCUGCCAUUCACUACCGUUACGGCGCUGUUUUGUUUGAUUCUGGUACGGUCGGCUGCCCUUAGCCACCAUUUUGAGCCUGUUUAGUAACAGCCAGAAAAUAAACAAAACCUUGCCACAAUCCCAGCUGGCAAACUCUCAAAGGCUCACACCCAUCCCAAGACACACUGCUUCAGCUUUGCAUUAUUGCUUCUGUCUCUGUCUCCCUCUGUUUCCUUUGUCUUGUGAUGGGUGUGUGCCUCCGUCAACGUUUUAGUUCUUGCCCUGCUCCAUUUUGCAGCGGUUCAGUUUCUCCUCUAUAAUGUGACGGCUCCAUGGCUCUAUUCUUACUACUAGAGCAGCUGAGCUGGUGUGUAAUAGUUUGCGGUAAAAGUCUGUAGAAUUGAAAAUACACAGCUGUACUGCACUUAUAUUGUAUAACAUGAGGGAUGAACAAUUCUAGUUUUAGUGGUGGAAAGGAUUUAACUUAAAACCUGACAAUACUGAAUGAGGUUUGUGAUACUGUUAUGUGUAGUUCCUGCUUUUGUCCACACGAGGGUGGCGUUUCUCUAACAUCGCAAAGCCUCACAUGGUCAUUGUACACCAUUAUGCCUAAUAAUAUGAGAAAGGAAGAUGUGUGUGUGUGUGUGUGUAUGGUACUGUGUGUGAGUGUGUGUGUCUCUGACUGUGAAAGUCAAGCAGGAAUUGCAAAUAUGAGUUUAAUUUAGUUUAUUACUGAAAUGAACUCUAUGUACCGGAAACACGACCAACUGAAGUAAUAAAGGAGUCAAAAGAU